AUGGGAUACGAACUCAAAUUCGAACCUCCAAAAUGCACGAUUACUACAUCAGGAGGAAAAUCAAAGCACAAGAUGAUUAACUACUGUGACAGAAAUCUGGCUUAUAAGUUUGUAUUUGCGGACGGUUCUAAAUACUCUGUAGAUCCUGACAAGAUGGUUGGCAUACUAGAGGUUGGAAAAGUGAUAGACAUCGUGAUCACAAGACAGGCAGGUAAAGGACCGGCAGAAGACUUGACUAUCGAAUACUUUCCGGUCGCUGCGGGCACUACAGACCCUAGCAAAAGCACUUAUGGAGCCAUUGCUGGAAAGACAAUUGUGAAGCUGAAGCCAACUGAAUAG